UUUCAUCCAUUCUCUGUCUCACUAGUUCUUUCUCUUCCCGUCUCAUACAUUCUCUCUCCCCCUCCCUGUUAUGCUGAUAUUUCCCUUGUGGUUUUUGGCUCCCUAAUAGAAUAGUUUGACUCACGAAGACGGGGGGAGAGAGAGGGUGAGAACGCCUGUACUGGGGAUAAAGGAGUAGACAGCCCGGCAUCAGGAGGGCAAGAAAGACAAACAGCUAAAGAUGAUACCAUUGCUCCAUCUGCUAUCCCUGGUCACUUUAAUACCAAUCACCAGUCCAAUAGGGGAUAACAAGAUUGCCUCUUCCUGCUGCGGAAUGCCAGGAAUUCCAGGUAUACCCGGGACACAUGGUAAUGCUGGAUUACCUGGAAGGGAUGGGAGAGAUGGAAAGGAUGGGAGCCCAGGCACAAGUGGACCUAAAGGUGAUUCUGGAGAACCAGGAAUCCCUGGUGCUCGAGGUUUCCCAGGUAUGGCAGGUCCUCCUGGUGUACAAGGUGAUAAAGGAGUGCAGGGGGAGUGUGCUGUGCCCCCCCGCUCUGCGUUUAGUGCCAAGCUAUCAGAGUCCCGCACAUCCCCCAUACCUGGGCAGCCUGUUCCCUUUGGCAAGGUUCUAAUAAAUGAACAGGGGCAUUAUAACCCAGAAACUGGACGUUUCAACUGUGUUGUACCAGGGCUCUACUACUUCUCCAUCCAUGGCACUGUCUUCCGUGGAUCCCUUCACCUUCAGCUGAUGAAGAAUGGACAUUCUCAAGCAUCCUUUUUCCAACUUGGUGAUGCAAAAAAGCCUGUGGGUUUGUGUGGAGGUGCUGCAUUACGCCUUGAUCAAGGGGAUGAAGUGUGGGUGCAGCUGGGAGACUAUCCAGGCCUAUAUGCUAGUGAGGGGACUGACAGUGUGUUUACUGGAUUCUUAAUCUACUCUGACUGGGAACCACAUCCUGUAUUCAACCCCCUCGCUAACACUGAUUCAUAAACCAAAAAGUCACAGGCAUCAUCCCUAUCUACAGCUGGGCAGGUAACCGCAGUUUAUAUUCUGGCUGAUACUCAAGUUCAGCAAAAAUUACUACAUCACAUUAUAACCAUCACACAAUGCACUGUUUACACUAUUUAUAGACACACAUUCAAACCAUUCCACCCUGUGCAUAAUAACACUCUACUGAUUCUACCCAUACAACCCUACACAGUCUUAAGGUGUCCAAACUUAUCAUACUGUCUGUAAAGAUUACUGUUUACAUUGCAUCUACAGAAAAUGUGUGACUUGCUUCAUCAAAAAAACUAAAGAAAAAUGUAUUUUAGCAGAAAAUCUUAAGACAAGUGUUAGGUAUGAGCUGCAAGCAUGUUUCACAGAAACACUAGUCUGGCAGAUUUAACACAUGAAUUCUCAAAUCAGUCUACAAAUUGUAACCACAGUAUCCAGUACUGUCAUUUGCAUCAAAACCAUUUUAUGCUCUUUCCCAGUAAGGUUGAAAACUUGUUUUGCAAAAAUAAUGAUAUAUUAAAAUUAUAUAUGUUUUCUUUC